AUGUCUCUUGUGACAGAAGAAAUUAGGGCAAGUGCGUCAGAAAUUCAUCAUGGGGAUGCAAUUUGUCAAGAAAAAAUAAAACUUGCACUAACAGAAAUGGGACUACCAAAUGGUCUCUUGCCUGUAAAAGAUGUUGAGGAAUGCGGUUUUGUCCAAGAGACCGGCUUUGUAUGGAUUAUACAGAAAAAUCCUAGCAAGUUCCAUAACGAAAAGAUCGGGAAGGUCACAUCAUAUGCAACGGAGGUAACUGCUUUCAUGGAGAGGUUCAAGGUCAAAAAAAUAAAGGGUGUUAAAACUAAGGAACUCUUGAUGUGGAUCCCAUUAAAUGAGGUGACCGUCGAUGAUCCACUCACCGGAAAGAUCACUUUUAAAGUCACGUCUGGCCUUAGUAAAUCUUUUCAUGUGUCGGCUUUUCAAGUCGAUGGUGUGAAGAAAGAUGUUGAAGGUGUGAGUUUGGCUAAGGAUCCCCAAGUCAAGGAAGUUUGA